AUGAGUAUUGUCAGUGAGGAAGCGGCACAGAAGGCCCUUGAGUUUAAAAACCAAGGGAAUGCGUUUAUCAAAGAGAAAAAGUACCCUGAAGCAGUAGAAUACUACUCCAAGGCCAUCGAGCUAGACGACACGCAAUCGAUUUUCUUUUCGAACAGAGCGUUUUCCCGCUUAAAACUUGAUAACUUCCUUACGGCGCUUGAAGACUGCAACAAGUCCAUUGAACUAGAUCCUAAAAACAUCAAAGCUAUUCAUAGACGAGGUUUAUCCUACGUGGGGCUCUUGGAAUUCUCUAAGGCACGCAAAGAUCUCAAAACCAUUUUGCAGGUUAAACCUAAUGAGCAAAGUGCUUUGAAAGCCCUCGAGGUCUGCGAGAGAUUUAUCAGGGAAGAAAGAUUCAAAAAGGCGAUUAGUGGAGACGGCGAAGAAUCGAAGGUGAAUGUCUGUGCGAGCCUACAACUUUCAUCAUUCGACGGAAAUGCGGAUCUAUUGAAUUACAAGGGAAUGGAGCUUGAGAUUGUUCAACUAACAAAUGAAAAACAGGAACCUGCAGGCGCAAAGAUUACGAAUAUGUCUCAAGAAUUCGUGUCACAUAUGGUUAAUGAGCUCUUUUUGGAGGGCAAAAAUUUGCCUAAGAAGUACGUGGCUGCUAUCGUAUCGCACGCGGAACGCUUAUUCCGUCAAGAGGCCUCGGUGGUUGAGCUUGACAACUCUUCAGAAACCGAUGUCAAGAUAUCAGUAUGUGGUGACACACAUGGCCAGUUUUAUGACGUCUUGAAUAUUUUCAAAAGAUUUGGUAAGGUGGGCUCUAACCAUUCCUAUCUUUUCAACGGCGAUUUCGUUGACCGCGGCUCGUGGUCAUGCGAAGUGGCUCUUCUCUUCUACUGUCUCAAGAUCCUUUUCCCUAAUAACUUCUUCCUGAACAGAGGAAACCACGAAACUGAUAACAUGAAUAAAAUAUACGGUUUCGAAGACGAAUGCAAGUACAAGUAUUCACCAAGAAUCUUUGAAAUGUUUUCGAGAAGUUUUGAAGCCCUCCCCUUAGCUACUGUCAUCAAUGACAGCUACCUCGUUAUGCAUGGAGGUCUCAGUAGCGACUCCUCUGUUACACUUGAAGACUUCAAGAAAAUCAACAGAUUUUCACAGCCCCCAAGAGAUGGACCAUUUAUGGAGCUGUUAUGGUCCGACCCUCAAGCAGGCAAAGGUUUGGGACCUUCGGAGCGUGGUCUCGGUCAUUCUUUUGGACCAGAUAUCACAGCCGAAUUCUUGACAAAGAACAACUUGUCCAAGAUUUUCAGAUCUCACGAGGUUAGAAUGGGAGGCGUUCAGUUCGAACACGACAAGAAGCUGGUGACAGUAUUCAGUGCGCCUAACUACUGCGACUCUCAAGGAAAUCUGGGUGGUAUAAUACACGUCGUACCUGGAAUGGGAACUUUGGGGCAGAACGGAAAUGAUGAUGAAAAUUUGACAGUCGAGACUUUUGAGGCCGUUGGGCACCCCAACAUCAAGCCCAUGGCAUACUCGAACGGAGGUCUGGGCUUCUGA